AUCCUCCUGCUUGCUGUACUCACACAGUCUCACACAGGACUCCUGCUCCCGGGACUCUGUCCAUGUCUCCAUCUCUGUUCAUCCUCCAUGGCCUCCAGCAUGGCACCACUCAUCUUCCAGCACAUUGAUCUUCUUGCCAAGAGGAGGAGACGUUCGGAGCCCAGGACAUGUCGGGAUUGAGGAGAUACGAGGUGGCGCUGGAGGCGGAGGAGGAGAUCUACUGGGGUUGUUUCUACUUUUUCCCCUGGCUGCGCAUGUGGCGGAGGGAGCGGAGCUCGGCGCACCCCGGGGAGCAGAAGCUGGAGUCUCUGCGGGGCCUGAUGAGCUGUCUGUCGAGCGGACUGGGCCCUGCUCCCCAGCGCUCGGGUCGUAGCCUCCCCAGCCGCACCCCCACCGCCGCUGCCCAGCCAGCCGGUGCAUUAAAGAUUUAAGUCGAA